AAUCCGAUCAAACAAAUUCAAGAGCUAGCAAUAAUGGCCAGAAUCGGACCUUUUCCACAAUUCCGGGAGCCCGUCUUUAUUCAGAAAAAAGCUCCAAACGCCGCCAUCAAGAAGGAUGAGAAAGUCGUCAACACCGCCCGUCGAGCCGGCGCCGAGAUCAAAUCCUUCAAAAAAUGGAAUGAUGGGACGAACAAGGCGGCCUCCAGUGGUACUACUUUGAACACAAGGAAGCUUGAUGACGAAACUGAAAAUUUUGCUCAUGAAAGAGUGGCAACAGAACUGAAGAAAGCUAUCAUGCAGGCUCGAAUGGAUAAGAAACUCACCCAGACUCAACUUGCCCAGAUGAUCAACGAAAAGCCUCAAAUCGUACGAGAUUAUGAAUCCGGAAAAGCUAUUCCUAACCAGCAGAUAAUCGGUAAACUCGAGAGGGCACUCGGUACGAAGAUGCCAAGGCACCGGUCGACACCGUCCAUCGGAAAAGACCCUGAUGUUUCGCUACUUUCCGGCGAAAAAGUCUAUCACGUUUCGCUGCUGCUCAACAGAAAAGUCUAUAAUGUUUCGCAACUGUUCAACAGUGAGGAGUUUAAUUUCUUUCUGUGGCUUUUCACAGAGAACGAUGGACUCCCAAGUUAUUAUGGUUCUCAUUGUAGUGGUUUCAAAGACUGGGGGGCUUAUCCAACAUUAUAGCUUGCUAUCCAAAGUGUGUUAACCUGUAUCAUGGGCUACUAUUUGAAUGAUCUUUGUUUUCU